AUGGACGUCGACAUCAUCAGCAGUAACAGCGACAGGCGGCCGUGCGGUGCAGGCUGCGGACCAGUGGCGGAAGGGGGGCGCUACGAGCUGCGGUCGCUGCGGUCGUCCCGCACGGGGCGGAGCUCAUCGCCCAGGAGGCGCGUCCGGCGCCGGUUGGAUGUUGACUGGGAUCAGGUGGACUGCACCAAGGACCAAUACACUGGGCCAAUCGUCCUCAGCCAUUUGGCGGGCACAGGCGAGAAUGCCAACCCCGGGCAUGAAGCCUUACUGGCUGACAAUUACGAGGAGGAGGUCGAGGAUCUGGUGGCACAGUUCGAAGUCAUUCGAGCGCUGCCAUGCCUGAACCUCCUGGUGGACAAAUGGCGUGUGCCUGUGCUGCCCAUGAUGAUGAGGAGGCAAGCCGGCAGGAAGACACUUGUCCUGGAUCUAGACGAAACACUGGUGCACUCUUGGAUCAACGAGGAGCGCCGCCACGACCUCAUGUUCAGGGUGUCCAUAUUGCACCCCGAUGACACUGCGAUCUUUGUGAGGAAGCGCCCGCACUUGGUGCACUUCCUGAAGCACGUGUGCGAGUGGUUUGAGGUUGUGGUGUUCACUGCGUCGCAGAGGAUCUAUGCUGACAGGUUGCUGAGCAUGCUGGAUCCUGAGAAGAAGUACUUCAAGCACAGGCUCUUUCGGGAUUCCUGUGUUGAGGUGGAUGGUGUUUACGUGAAGGACUUGUCGUUGCUGGGACGUGACCUGAGCAAUGUUGUCAUAGUGGACAACCUGGUUCAGGCGUUUGGCUUUCAACUGGACAACGGCGUCCCCAUCGCAUCGUUCUAUGAGGACGACCAAGAUAGUGAGCUUCUGAAGCUGCUGAGCUUCCUGCACAAACUCAUUUGGGUCCCAGACGUGAGGCCGUUCAUGGUAGACAAGUUUCGGUUAAGGCAGAUAGUGUAUGGAAUGUCACCAGUUUUGUGA